GGUGCCGCGCAGAAGCGGCGGGGGAGCGCGGCGGCGGCGGCGGCGGCUCCGGCGCGAUGGAGGGUGGCGGAGCGUACGGGGCGGCCAAGGCCGGCGGUGCCUUCGACCUGGGCCGCUUCGUGCAGCAGCCGCAGGUCCUGGCGCGGAUCGCCAGCGCGGUCUUCGCUCUGAUCGUCUUUGCCUGCCUGGUCGGGGAGGGCUACAGUAACCUGCCCAGUUCCCCCCAGCUCUUCUGCAUCUUCAACCACAACGAGGACGCCUGCCGCUACGGCAUCGGCAUCGGCGUCCUCGCCUUCCUCGCCUGCAUUUUCUUCUUCAUGGUGGACAUCUACUUCCCCCAGAUCAGCAACACCACCGACCGCAAGUACCUGGUCCUGGCGGACCUCGGCUUCUCAGGUCUCUGGACGUUCCUGUGGUUCAUUGGCUUUUGUUUCUUGACCAACCAGUGGGCCUGGACGCAGGCCGAAGACGUGUACAUCGGGGCUGACUCGGCCCGUGCUGCCAUCACCUUCAGCUUCUUCUCCAUCUUCUCCUGGGGCCUCCUGAUCGCCUUCGCUUACAAGAGGUACAAAAUGGGGGUGGAGGACUUUGCUCACAGCUACAUCGACCCCACCCCGGAGGCUUCAGCUCCCUACUCCAGCUACCCCAACAUCAGCCACGAGAGCUACCAGCAGCCGCCCUUCACCCACACGGCAGAAGCCCCGGAGGGUUACCAGCCCCCGCCGGUGUACUGAGCCCCUGCCCGGUGGCCCGGCAAAGACGGCUGUACCAGUGCAAUUCUCUUCUGUGGGGUGGGAGGGGAGGGACCUGUGACUUGAAGGGGGAAGGUGGGGUGGGAGGGUGGCGGCUGCUUUGUGUGAAGGCCACCGCGCCUUGGUGCUGGGGCGCAGGAGGGGCCUGGUCCCGACGGUGGAGCUGAGCUCCCCGCCACUGGGAUCCGGUGCCCGGUGUGUAGUGGGUGAUUCGGCACAUAGUGGGUGAUUCGCAACUGCUGAGCGCAGCCUCGUGGCUCCACUGAGGGUGGGUGAGCUCCUGCCCUCGCUGUUGUAGCCUUGGGGGAAGCAGCCGCGGGAGGAAGCAGCAGGACCGGUGUGUGGUUUGCACCCCCCCCGGCUCCGGCCUGGCUGUGCCAUUGUGACUGCUGCCCUGGCCUGUCCUGGCACUGGUGCCUUUCCAGCCCUGCCAGCUGCAACCCCUGAAGUACCAGCUCUUGCUGCCGUAGUGCAGCCAGGCAGUCCACCUCCUGCCUGCUGCCAGCUUCUGUGCCUUCCCCCCUCGGCUGCUGCUGGGUGAGCUUGAUGCCAAAGCCCUGUCUUCUUUUGACUAUAAACUGCCGUGCUGUGCCUUCCCACAGCCUGCACUAGAGCUGCCGGUGCUCAGGUGACGCGGUUUGGGAUGCAUGGGAGCAGCGACCGCUGGGAUCUCUCAGCGGGGCUGUGAUGUUCCAGCUGUCUGGGGAAGGUCCUGGAGUGCUUUCCCUGCUGACUCAGCCCCUCUCGCUCGCCUCCCACUAAGCACUGCCUCCGCAGAAGUGAGGCCGCCAUCCUGCGUCCUGCCUGCUGCUCCCUUGGCAGCACCCUGCUCGCAGCCUGGGCUCCCGGCUGACCCUGAGGGUGCCUGUGCAGGCUGGCUGGCUCCGGUUGUGUUUUCUGCUGCACCUGUUGCGAAGCUGUUCCCAGCAGCAGUGUGCGGUAUGCGAGCUGUUGCUGCUGGGGCUGGUGUUCAAAUAGUUCUUUGUCACUGUAGAGAUGGAAUAAACUUUUUCACCUA